GUACUUCUGUGCAAUUAACUCCUUGACACUUGAAGAGAACAACAACUCGAUAAGCACAACGCCAAGCCUCGUCGCCACUCUCCUGCACCUCUUUUCCCUCUUGGUCGUCGCCGCCGCAGAGGCCAUCCGCUGCCUCGUCGGGAAUGCCCGGAGGCGGCGGCGUGCUCGACGGAGCUACCCGUGGCGCGGUGCGGUGAGCAGCGUGGAGCGGGGCGCGAACGCUGCGUGAUCUGCCUGGGCGGCAUGGAGGAGGGCGACGAGGUGAGGGUGCUCAGGUGCCACCAUCUGUUCCACCGCUGCUGCCUCGCCCGGUGGCUGGCUGCGUGGGCGGGGGCGACGUGCCCGCUCUGCCGCGGCAAGCUCCUCACGGGCACAGCUGCUAAGCGCGCCGGGGAAGAGGAGGUGGAGGAGAGGAGCAUCGAGGGGAUGUGCAUGGUCAUGCUCAUGGCCUACGUGCAUAGCCGUACUUCGGUUCCGGCGGUUUAA